ACUACUUGCCACUGCACAAGGGACAUCUCGUGUGGAACAAGCGGUGUUAGGAUGUACUACUACCCAGUGAUGGCGAGAACAUCUUCGUAGUAGCUUGAUAUACUAUCGUGACAUAGAGUAAGUCUAUCUAAACACCAAUUCUCUUCGCGAGAAGUUCAUCACAAGCCGUUCCUUGAUAAGUGCUAUAAUCAUUACUUGUGCUUUCUACGAAAAAAAAUUUCUCGAUUGAUUUGAAAGAGUCAGCCACUGUAAAAUUUGCUGACUAAGAUACGGCAUGGCAUCCAGCCAGGAUAAACCACUGAUGGACCAUCAAGCCUCGGAACAAAACUGACCAGGCGGUGGAGGGUUGCCCGGGGGACGGGAUGACGCCUCGCCCCCAUGCGUCUCUUGUGGAUUUCGGGGAUCAUCAGGAAAGUUGUCAUGUUGUGCUGUGGAACUUCACGGGAAGACGAGGAUUCCAUGGCCCAAGGAACAUCGGGAAUAAGACCAGAAAAAAGCAAAAAAUCGGCGGAUGUCAGGUACAGACAGGAAAAACAAAACCCCAGACUUGUCUCACAGAGAGAACGCGCGUGUAGUCACACAGAUCCGACUACCGGUGUGGAUGACGAGUCACCAAGUAGCAGUUCUAGGUCUAAAAGUUCAAACUCCAACAAUGGGGCACCUGACAUGGGAAUAAAAAAUAUCGUCAUGGAUGAUUCGUACAUUGUGCAGACUGUGGAAAUUAAAAAACGGCCGGGUCAGACCCUCGGAUUUUACAUUCGGGAAGGUAAUGGGGUUGACAGAAGUGAAGGAGUAUUCAUUUCGAGGAUUCAGAUGGGAACUGUGGCUCAGACAAAUGGUUUGUUACAUAUUGGUGAUGAAAUUAUAUCUGUUAAUAAAAAAGAGGUGAAGAAUAUGUCGCUUGAUGAUGUUGUAAUUUUGAUGUCAAUCCCCAAAAAACUAACACUGAAAAUUAAAACAAGAAAGAAUGGGAACAAGAAGAACGCAUCUUGCCCCACAUUAGCUGUGACGGAGCAGCAACACCCCCCGGUGGCAGUUCUAAAACGAGGCCGUUCAUCCUCUGCUGACGCAGUGGAGGAGACUGAAAAAUGCCCAGAUCUGUAUCCAUUUUACGGAACACCACCCUCUCAUGAUCAUUUUGGUGCUAGACGUUCUCGACCUACCUCAUCACAGUAUGCUAGUAUCUUCAUAUCACCUCACAGAGCUGAGGCUAAACUCUUAUCAGACGACGGGGACAGUGAACAUUCUAGUGAUGGCUCUCUUCCAAGAAGCGUGGACUCCGGUAACAAAGGUUAUUACCAUGGUUACCGGGGUUAUGUAUCAGACAGUGCAUAUGAACCUCCGGGGACUUAUGGUAGUCCGACAUUGUCUCCUAAUCAUUAUGCGAGUCAAAGUGAUCGGGAUUAUGCGAGGUACAUGUAUUCAGAUGGAGGGCUUCCGCGGAGAAUGACCCCGCAGACAACCCCAAAAUCGCCCUCCAAAUCCUUCCAUACUCAACAAUAUCAACGAAAUCAGCCUUGUGGCAACCCAGACUAUUACGCGGGCGGUCAACCCGUGGAUUUCCAUCGUGGGUUUGAUCCAUCUCGUAGGUUUCAGGGUGGACUUAAAGAAAUGAUACAAUCAAAAACCAAAUUCGGUCGACUUCAAAGAAGCCACUCUCCCGAAUGUUACAAUUCAGACUCAGAGAUUCUGUACACUCAUGCAGGUGGGGGAUAUAUACCGGUUGAUUCUCGGGGUUUUGCCUCGGAUUAUGAAACUUACGCUAAUGCAAUUAGUGACGAUGACCCUAUUUAUUCUAUUCCUAAAAUCCCGUCCAGUGGUAGUACUGAACUAGAGGAGCUACUGAAGAAAUUUAAUACUCUGUCUCAUGAACUUCAGGAAGAGCAGACCAAGCUGAGUCGUCAGAUCUCAACAUCGCGAGACAAAACAGGCACGUACUCGGUCAGUGUAUCACAUGCAUCAACAGAUUCAGCGAGGACAGAACUCUUCACUACCGCUAGACGUCCCCUGUCGCCAUCGUCCGUACACAAGGCAGCCUCAACACAAACGCCCACUCACUCCAAGUUAAUCAGGAAACUGAGCGCAGAGGCCCUUUCUCAACACAGAACAUAUCAAAGCGAGUUCGACUCAGUGAACUCGCCGCGGAAUCACAAGUCUCUUCCACUGUCCGUGUAUCAGCUGACGAGUGGAAGUAAAUCAUCUACCUCAUCUGCUCUGAGCCCCGCCCAUGGCGAAAACAGGAACAAGUCUUUGGACACCGACGAAAGACUUGUGUCAAGGUCCUCAUCUGCCCGGUUCAGAGACUUGCAGUUAGUGAAGAAACCAUUACAGAUACCUUACGGUGAGUUUGAAUUUACAAGAGCAGAUCCGAGGAAGAGAGUGGAAUUGUCAAGAGCCUGUGGUUUGGAUGGAAUGGUUCAUAUUCAUAUUCUUUCUGGUCAAGGAUUAAAGUCCUCCAAAAUGACCCUUCGGGAUCUCUACUGUGUCGUCGCUGUCGAUUCUGUUAGUAUAGCUAGGACAAUGAUUAGGACGGGAGCAGUGAACUUUGAUUGGGACGAAGCCUUCGACAUCGAAUUAGAAGAUGCCAAAGAAGUGUCUUUUCUCAUCUAUAAUUGGGAUCCAAACUUCAAGCACAGGUUGUGUUUUCAUGGAUCAUUAUUCAUUCAAGGAUGUCUCUCGAGUAAUGCUUUAAAGAAAUUAGCUUUAAAAAUGGAACCCAAAGGGCUUUUAUAUAUAACUCUGUGUUACAAAGAACCUUCGGUUUCAUUGCAACGAUUACCAUCAAUGAAAAAGAAUGGUCUGUUUGGAAUCGAUCUGGAGACAGUUAUCAAACGUGAGUCAACAGGUCAUAAUGUACCUUUGCUUGUAAAGAAAUGUAUCAAAGAAGUGGAGGAGCGCGGGUUGGAGACGAUCGGGAUUUACAGACUCUGUGGAUCUGCAAAAAGAAAGACACAGUUGAGGGAACAGUUCGACAAAGAUGUGGACGGAGUGAAUCUUUCGAAAGACAACGUAACAGAUAUCCAUGUAGUCACAGGUGUCCUGAAAGAUUACCUACGGGAGUUACCAGAACCUCUUUUUACCAAUGCCCUCUAUCAAAUGCUUCUUGAUGCUCUGAGCGUGCGCUUGCCCAGUGACCCGGAUGGUAGUGCAAAACUUAUGCUUAGCAUUCUUGAGUGCCUUCCAAAAGCCAACCAGGAAACUAUGGCUUUGGUGUUGAACCACCUGAAGAAGAUCUCAUCCCACAGCGACAAGAACAAAAUGACGAUUGAUAACCUCGCUGUCUGUUUUGGUCCAGUUCUCCUUUGUCCCUCCCCCAAAUCCACAGAUGAUCAAGCUCUACAUUUCAAGAAACAUAUCGAAGUUCUCAGAUACCUCUUGCAAAUAUGGCCGGAAAACUAUGAAAUGGUGACAAUCAACGUAGAACCAGUCUCCAAAGAAAAGUUCGUGGACUUGGAUAAAGAUAAAGACGAUUCCAUGACAUCACAACCGGAAAAUAACAUUCAAAUCACAAAGAAUUGAAAGCACUACCAUCAGAAAUUAAAUAACACAGCUAAUUGAAAAAUAACUGUUAAUUAAUCUACUGAUGUCUAAAUUCACUUCCAUUCAGUGUUCACGGACUUAAUGUCUUGUCCUUAUUUAUGUUUUGGGUAGGUGUUUUCACUGCAGUUUUGAUUUCGCGGUUUUGGUCUACAGUGAAAAUAACACUGCCUUGAAAACGAGGCUGUUUACGGUAUGCCCUACUCUGCACAAAAUGUUAUUUAUUUUUGUUCGUUUUAAAGUUUAUUUGGUAUUAUUAUGAAGCAUAUCUAUAUACCUAUUUUUGUAGAAUUUUCAUCACACAUCGAUACAUUACUGAGUCAAGGGAAUGAAUAAAUAUGAAUGUAUGAUUUCCGAUAAUGCUCUCUGAAUGCACUGUAAACUUCUGAUUUCAGUUCUAUGGACUAAUAUUUCAAAGACAACUUGCAUUUCCAUUUUCAUGGUUGCACAGCUUAUGACAAUUACCUUUCAUUGGAUAUCAACACCACUCAGCACUGGCAUUUAUGUGAUGUUUUGUUGUAUGUAUUUAGAACAUUACAGAGAAUUUUUUACAGAAUUAGUCAAAAAAAAAAUAUAAUAAAUUAUUUUGUAUUUGAAA